AUGCUAAUUAAAAUCGCGAUAUUGCUAAUAGCAUUCGAGCAAAGCCUACCACAGGUUGCUGGCCAAUGCUGUUGUCCAGGUGCGCAAUCGUCAUCCCUCUUCCCAUUCCCAUUUUUGCCAGAUUAUUCAUGGUUAUUGCCACAUCCGACGUUUGGAGAAGACAAAAAGGAAUGCGGGGGUUGUUGUUGUGGAUGCUGUAAAUGUGGUGGUGGAUGA